AUGGGGUCCUGCUUUUCCAGUGAGACUAGGAGUCCGCUUCCUGGUUCUCCAAUGGGAGUAACGAAGAGGAAAGGCUCCAGAAGUAGACAGAGGUCUCGAAAUCCGUCCUUUGGGAGGGAUGAACAACUACGUAAGACUCCGGGCCGUAUAUUUUUAAAUGGAUCCAGCGAGGUUGCUUCACUCUUUACCCAGCAAGGCAAGAAAGGAAUCAAUCAAGAUGCCAUGCUUGUUUGGGAGAAUUUUGGUUCGAGGACAGACACAGUCUUCUGUGGAGUUUUUGACGGCCAUGGUCCCUAUGGUCAUUUGGUUGCAAAGCGGGUUAGAGAUUCUCUUCCUUUGAAACUGAGUGCAAACUGGGAAGUUGAUAUAAAGAGUGAUGAGGUUCCUAGGGAAGUUUGUUUGAAUGGUACGGGUAGUUGGUGCUCUAAAGACACCUCUUUCUUAUCCCUUGAAGAGUCAUCUAGAGCUUCCAUUGAUCUUGAAGAAACCGAAAAGCAUCCAGAAGUUUUCCAGACUCUGAAGGAAUCCUUCUUAAAAGCUUUCAAGAUUAUGGAUCGGGAACUGAGAAUGUAUUCAAAUAUUGAAUGCUUCUGCAGUGGAACAACAGCAGUGACUCUAGUAAAACAGGGUCAGGAUCUUGUAAUUGGAAAUGUUGGGGACUCGAGAGCUGUAUUGGGUACCAGAGAUGAGAAUAAUUCACUCGUUGCAGUCCAGUUGACUCUGGAUCUCAAACCGAACCUUCCAGCGGAGGCAGAGAGAAUCCGCAAAUGUAAAGGACGCGUAUUUGCCCUUCGGGAUGAACCUGAGGUUGCAAGAGUGUGGCUGCCAAACAAUGACUCUCCCGGCCUCGCUAUGGCACGUGCAUUUGGAGAUUUCUGUCUAAAGGAGUUUGGUCUUAUCUCUGUACCUGAUAUUUCCUGUAGACGCAUCACUGUUAAGGAUGAGUUUAUAGUCUUGGCAACAGAUGGGAUAUGGGAUGUUCUCUCAAAUGAAGAAGUUGUAGACAUUGUGGGUUCUUGCUCCACUCGAUCAUAUGCAGCUCGAAAGCUAGUAGAGUCAGCAGGCCGGGCUUGGAGGUCCAAAUAUCCAACUUCUAAGGUUGAUGACUGUGCUGUUGUUUGCCUCUUUCUCGAUUCAAAUCCAAACGACUCUACUGCCGCUCCCACUGAACUCUCAGAGAAUAUCGUGUAUGAAGAGCACGAGGAUACUGACAAGAAAGAUGAUUCCUUUAGUCCGACUGGAUUGGACCGCUCUGGCACUGUUAAAGCGAGCGAAGAGGCUCAUCCAGAAGAGAAUGUGGAAACUUCACGUGUGAAUGAGGAGGUAGCCUUGAAUAAUGAAGAAAAAUCAUGGAGGUUGGAAAAGGCUGGUCUUCACUUGAAGGAGUCUCCCGUGUAG